UUCUUUUUUUCUCUUGCAUCAAUUUACCUAAAAUUUGAUCCAAUGUAUAAAAUCUAGUUUACUACAAGAAAAAAGGGCUUUUGGAGUGAUUCAAGAAUUGCAACUAAGUUCGGGGAGACGUGACGCGUCUGUCACUGCGUUCAAUACGAUAACACUAAUUGAAAAUCGUUUCAAUACAGUUUUAUUUUACAGAGAAAGUGCUAAAUCACUGUGAUACAAAAUUUAACACGAUGAAUGUACAUAUACAACUUGCUCGAAUACGUUCUUCAGAUAUAUUAGGUAAUCGUUCUCCCAGAUAUUGAUUUUUUGUGAAAAUGAAGGUGGACGGUGUUUCUCACGGAACUUGCAGCUCACUCGGUACACGUUCACUUCAUUUCGGAAAAUCGAUUCCGAAGCACAAUGAAACGUAGUCGAACAGUAUAUAUAAUUAAUAUGUCUAUCGGAUGUGGCUCUGCACUGCAAUAUCCUAAUUACGCAACAUAAACUACGUCCAUAGACAAACUACGUCGACGUAGGAGAUGAGGUCACCGAACUUCUGGAAUAUUAUAGCUGAACUUGCGAAUUCCAAACCGUACCGAAAAAAAUGCGGAGACCCGACAACUGGACUGCAUACAGUCGAUAUUCGUGAAAUGACUCAUCAAAAGUAGGUUUAUUACAAUGGAUAUCGAGGUAUAGCACUUUUUAACGUUCAAGUCAUGGCAGCUAGAGUUUCUACGAGUUUCACGACUAGAUGAAAGCUUGUCUAUGCGUUCAACGAAAUGUCGAGCACAGCGAUUUUAUCCGUAUCCAGUUCCUCCUGGCUCACCCACCACCACCAAAUUAAACCACCUCUCCGAACUAAAUUUCGUGCGCAUUCGUGUAUUACCGACCUGCGUUCACGCGGCAAAACGUAGAAGCUCCUAAUGGCACAAAGAGAAACGACAAGUAACGUAAGGUGUAGAGCCGUUUGUUACAGUGAAUAUCGUUGUAUAUUAUAGAAUAACCUGAAGAAUUUCGAUAUAAAUGUUCAUUUGAAUUGAUUCGUAGUUGUUGUAUUUACGAAUAAAGAAGUAAAAGUGAAGGCCCUGAUUAUUAUUAGUCAUCGAACGUGAGUGCUAUUUGGUGAAACAUCGUUGGCGUACACUUCAAGUACUAUGACGGGACGAAGAGUUUGAAAGGUGGAAUACUACAGACAUCAGAGUGGAAUCAGGAAACUGAUUAUUUUUAUUUGGAAUCCGUGUAUAUUUCAUAUGCUCGAAAUAAUUUGAAAUUUAUCCAGACAAUUACGACUCUUUUCAUUUUACACGUUCCUUUCUCCUCUCCUUGUUUCACCAACAGAGGGAGCUGAGAUCGAGAUGUUGCAGGGAUCUAGAUAUGGAAACCACAAUGUGGUAGACUCCCAAAGGAAUGGUUUAUUGAAUAUGUUGUAAAGUGUCCCUUGUAAAUAUUGCAAACAAAAUGUCUCAAGAAGAAUACGAAUCAAAGUUACGAAACGUUCAUCGUUUCAUACCUUUCCUAGAGAACAUGAUCACACAGCUGAAGGAUCCGAAAAUGAAGAAUAGAGAACAGCAACUAUCAAAGAUGGAGUCUUUGUAUCAAAUGAUAACGGAUAAAAACAAAAAGUUGAAACUUGAUACGCUAAACAAAUGCGAAGAAGUCAUUAUAAAACUCUUCUAUAAAGUGAAAGGUGAAAAUGCCUCCCUUCCACCAGUUCACCCUAGGGAGAGAAAAGAAGAGAAAAGGAAACCGAUCGACUUAUACAGCAUCGCCGGGGAAACGAUCAACAGACAGAGCAGUUACAAACAGUUGUACGGCGGCAACGGCAGUAACGGUAGUAAAUCGCCGAAGCCUAAGAGUUUCACGUUCAGAAAACCGCCGAUAUCUUACUCGGACCUCGAGUGCCUAGAGAAGGACGUGGCACACGAACUGGAGAAGAACAUGUCGCUGCACGAGCUGAACUCGUUGAAGAACCACCUGUGCAAGGAGUUGGAAGAAUCGAAGACGGACGCCAUCAACACCACGGUGCGGAACAAGCCGGUGCUGACGAGGAUGAACGCGGCCUCGCCGGAUAAGAACAGGAGAAAACAGGAAACGACCGUAACGCAGCCUAAAAACGAGCCUAAAAAAGAAGCUUUGACUCCGAAGAAAAACGAGCCUAAACCGUCGGGGCCGAAGGUCCUGAAGGAAGCGGGCGAUAUCUUCGGCAAUGCUUUCUCGGAGAUCGAUAAGACUUACGAGAUGGCCCUCAAAAAGAAGGAGGAAAAGAAGGUAGGGAAAGAGAAGAAGGACAAUCAAACCGAGGAAAGUUUAGAACGGGCGUCAUUGAAGCAUUUAUCGGAGAAAGCCGCCUUAUUGAGGAAUAUCGGAACCAAGGUGAACGCCGAAAAUACGGAAUUAACGAGAGAAUCUUCAUCGGUGACAACGUCGACCGAAAAAGAUGCUGUUGUGGAUCCAACAAAAACACCAAUCACCAACACCGAUGAUGAUACCGCAAACAAAAACAACGAGAAUAAAUCUAAAGAUGUAAAUGAUUCAAUUCCUCCUAGUGCAAAAACUGACGAUUCCUCCGAUAAAUCAAAGAAAGAUAAGGGCAAAUCUGAUACUGCGACUGAUUUGCUUCCAGUCAAAAUAUCCGACGUUAAAACCGACGAUCCUAUCGACGAAACCAAAAAAGAGAAAAGUGAUACUGGCUCUGAAACUCAAGAAGUCAAAAUUUCCAAUACCAAAUGUGACGACAGUGAUAAAACCAAGAAAGAGAAAAGUAAACCCAACUCUGACACAACUCCUAUCGCUAAAACCGAGGAUAAAGAUAAAAACAAGAAAGAGAAGAAUAAAUCUAACACUGAUACCAUUCCAAGCGUAAAAACAGAGGAGAAAGAUAAAACCAAGAGAGAGAAGAGUAAAACCAACUGUGAUACAAUUCCCAUCCCAAAAACUGAAGAUUCGAAUAAGGAUAACGGAAAAAAAGAAAUCGCAUCAUGUGUUACUCCCGAUGCAACCGGUAAAGAUGGGAACAAACCGAAAAAAACCGAAGACGUUCCUAUAGAUGAUCCUAAAGACAAAGCCGGCAAAGAAAAACGUCAUUCCAGUAGUAGUCAUAGCUCCCAGCGUGAUAAGAAACACGGCGAACACAAAAAGGAAAAAGACAAAACGGAAAAGAGUGAACACAGAAAACACUCGAAUGAUAAAAGUCACAAGAGCGAUCACAAAAAAGACAAAGAUGAUAAGCAUAAGGAAAAAAAUAGGGAUAAAAGUAAGAGCAGAGAAAAAAGCUCGAAACCUACAGAAAACAAAGAUACCAGUGCGACUAAAGAUGGGGAUUCGAAAAAGGAUAAAAACGGGCCUGUUCCGAAUGGAAAAGAAAUAAAUAAACCCGAGAAGGAAAUCGGCAAAGAAGAUAAAUCGAAGAAAAACGUCCCAUCCGGACCUGAUGAAGUUUUCAAUAAGAUCCAUUCGCAGAUCGAUAAGAUAAAAGGUAAGACUACAGACGGCGAGCUGGAUAAACCUCCGAAAGGGGCGGAUGAAUCCUUAACUGCCCAGGUUAAACCGGAAUCGAAAGAAAAACCGAUACUUCCGGCCGAAAUCAAAAAGGAACCCGCAGAAGAAACCAAACCGAUCAACAGAGAUCCGCGUCUGAAAUACGGUCAAGUUUCUGCCGGCAAUACGCAGAAACCCGAAAGAUUGGCCUUCAAGUACAACCCGAAACCGAAGAGGCAAGAAAUCGUCGUCGAUCUUGAGAAGAACGUUCUCGAUUCCAUCGAGAAGAGCAUGAAGGAAUCGCAGAUGCCGCUGCUACCCCCUCCGGUACUGGCGGCCCCUCCAAGACCCCCCGACGAUCUGUUCUCCCCCGAAUCGCCGGACGAGAUAGACAAGGCCGCCGUUCCACCCUUGCUGAACGACCUACUGCUGAACCCCAAGACCACGGGGAUGAUCAACGAGGUGGUCUCGGCUCUGAGACGUUCGAACAACGAGAACAAUCUGAUCAAUAUCAGAACCAAGGUUAACACCUUGAAAAACGACAUCGGACAGACACAGUCGGCGAAGAACCCUAACUUGCAUUUUUCGCCACCCGUACCUAAGCCCAUAUUCGAGCCUCCUUCGACUCCGCUGUAUCCAGCGGAGCAAGUGGCCAGUAACCAGUCCAGACUGUACAAUCCGUUCUCGCCAACCGACCACACCGAAGUAGAAAGGACGGAUUAUCUACCGAUGACUCAGUCGGCUCAGAAUCUGAUCCCGUUCGAAGACAGAACGGUGCAGAGUUUUUACAUGGAGAGAACCACGGGUUUCGUCCCUCCGUCUCCCAGCUACGGCGCCCCCUCCAACUACGCGCCUCCGUCGACGAAUUUCGUUCCCCCCUCUCCCAGCUACGUUCCCCCCUCCCCUCUAUACGAGGGGAACGCCGAAAUGAACUACCACAUGUCCAACCCUCAUUUCUUCGAAGGCGAAAGGGGUCCUGUCCGUCCCAAGGGUCUCCUGGGCGAGGCUCCUAACAGAUUGCCCUACAACAAGGUAUACGGCCAGCACAACUACAACCAAUUCAAUCGUUUCGGUCAGAGGGGAUGCGGCAACGUUGCGGAGGCUUGGCCCAAGCCCUACGCCGGACCGUCGAGAGAUCCUAGGAUGAACGCGAAUAGGGCGCAUCAAUUCCCCGUGCAGGAAACCAGGCCGAUGUUCAGAGAGAGUCACAUGACUUACAGACAGUACAAAGAGCAGAAAGAGAGGGAGAAUCGGGAGAGGGAGAUGCGAGAGAAGGAGAUCAGGGAUAAAGAAGCGAUGGACAAGGAACAGAAGGAGAGGGAGGAGGCUGCGCAGAAAGUCGCGGUGAAUCAAGCUACCGAAAACGAACAAAAGGAAAAGGAGAAGGAUAAAGUACCCGAGAAAGACGAGGAAAGUGACAGAUCGAGUAGCAGGAGUAGGAGUAGGGAUCGCAGUAGAGAUAGGUACUCUCGUUCCUCUUCAAGAUAUCGGCGUGAAGGUAGAAGGGACCGCGAUGAACGCAGGGAUCGGAGUAGGGAAAAGACCCGCUACAGCGAAAGUAAAUUCGAUAAGGUUUACUCGGUGAGAGGGAAAGACAAAGACCAGUCUUCGCCGCUCGACAACUUGUUCUCCCCUAAAACGACCGGCGGAAAGGGCUACAACGCCCAGUACAAAAUCCCGAAGAAGGUGAAGGAGGAAGAAAAACCCAAGCAAGAGGACAAAAAACACAACGAACCGCCCGUCGACGACAAUAAAUCAACGAAGAAAACCCGAAAAAAUAGGAAAAAUGUCAGCGAAACGAAUAAUUCGAAGAAACCGGCAGAAAAUAAGAAACCAUCGGAAAAAGACGAUGACGUUGUGGUCAAGAAAGAAACGGAUGUUGAGAAAUCCGACGUGGAACCCCCAUCUAAAGAGGAGGUCGAAACGAUCACGACAAAACAAGAGAACGAAGCCGCCGAGAAAAGCGAAGAAAUAAUCGACACAAAAACCGAAGACAAAGAUGUUAAACCAAGUAAACCAGCCGAGAAAAAGGAGGAAGAAGAGAAUAUACUCAGCAAAUUCUUCCAAAACCUGAUGAAGAGCGGCAACAAGGACGAAAAGAAGGGAGCCCUUUUGUCUCUCAUUUCUACAUUUUCGGACAGUUUCAGCGAUCAGCAGUUACAGAAAAUAACCAGCAUCAUCAGAUCGGAGGACGUGGAUGAAGAACCGAAGAAAGAAACAACGGAAAAAGAGGAAAUGCCAAGUACCUCCAACAGCGAAAUCGAAUUGAGUCAGAAAGAAAGCAUAGCGGAGGACCGUAGCGAAGGCAUAACGGAGGACGGUAGCGAGAGCAUAACGGAGGACCGUAGCGAGAGCACAGCGGAGGAUCAUAGCGAAAGCAUAUCGGAGGUCCGUAGCGAAAGCAUAGCGGGGGACACCGAAGAAAAAAUCGAAGAGGAAAUAGACACGCAAAAACCAGAAGAAACGCCCGUCGAUGAGAGCAGUGGAAAAUUGAAAAACAGGCGAAAAAGCGAGAUGAAAUGUAAGGUGAAGGGGAAAUCCGAAUUGGACAGGUUACACGACGAUAUCAGAGAGAUGUUCAUACGAGAUGGCGUCGUUACCGCCACAGGUAAAAGGAUGUGCAGGAUAUUGAAGGACACGUCCGCUUCUCCCUCGACGGAAAACGAGAAAACCGAGGACGAACCCAGUCACGAUGAAAUGGACAAAAAAGUCUCCACAACGAAAAAGAGGGGUAGAAAAACCGGCAGAAAAACCAAAGAGACGUCCGAGCUAGAAAUGAAAGAACUGACAGUUGUCCUACCGAAAAUGUCCCUGGACAAGAUGAAACUGUCGGAGGACGCGUCUGAAAAGGAAAAAUCCGAUAAAGAGGCGGAAACGGAAGGUAACGAAGAACAGGGAGAACCAACCAGCGACGUUGAAACCUCCGACAAAGAGAUAGUCGAAAAGACCAGUCCGGUGAGGAAAGGCAGACAGAAGAAGAGGAACUCCUGGGCUGCGGGUGUCAUCAAGAAAAAAGCCGGGCCGAAAUCGAGAAAACAGAAGGCCGCAGAAAACAGCAAAAACAAGACUGAAGACGAAGAGGAACCCAUCGAGGUCCAGAUCGAGAAUCCGCACGAAAUCGAUUAUUACCUAAAGGCUGGCCAGACGAAGUUACAGUGUAAAUAUUGCGACGUUGCCACCAAGUGGAUCGCGGCCCAUUACAGGACCGAACAUCAGGACAAGGAGGUUUUAUCCUCGCGUCUCGCCCCCUACAUCGCCAAGGCCGUCAUCGCGGACGCCGUGAAGAACAAGGAGGUCUACGAGAACGACGACAAGGUGUCGCUGACCAAGCACGAGUUCCUCUGCGUCUUCUGCGACUACAAACAGUUGACCUUGCCGAAGUUUUACCGCGACCACGUCUCCAUCCACACGGGCGAAUUCAGGUACAGCUGUCCCUACUGCAGCUUCUCCAGGUCGCACAUAAAAACGAUGCAGUCGCACGUGGACGAGGUGCACGCCGACGAGGAGGUCGUCUUGAAGAAACCGGUGACGUCGGAACGCGCGCCCAACAACAGGAACAUCUACGGGUACAUCUGCGAGGUGUGCAACUAUACGCAGAUGAGCCUGGAGAACGUGAAGAAACACGUGGAGACUUACCACGAAAAAUGCGAAAUUUACAAGAUCAAGAUGAAUCAAGACGAGAAGAUCGAGGAGGAGAACGACGUGAAGCCUGUCCAAAGUGAAAGAGCGACAAGAAGAUCGGCCAAACUGAGUCUGUCCCAAGAGAAGGAGGCCAUUCCAGCCGUUUCCGAAGACGUUAAAGCUUCCGACGAAGAAACAGUCAAAGAUUCUGAUGGAGUCAAAGAGGAUUCAACUGAUGAGUCCCCUAAAAGCCUUAAGAAAUCUAAGAACGAAACCUCGAACAACGAAGACGAAUCAACGAAUGAGGCAGAGGUGCCAAGCUCCCCUCAAGAAAACCGUAGAGUGACCAGAAAACGCGCCAAAUCCUUCAGCGCCCCCAGCCCCGCCAAGAAAAGACUGAAGAGACGGUGCACGUUGAAGAUCUCCGACAAGGAGGAACAGCCGGAGGAGGAAGAGAAGCAGACCAAGAACGUCGAAGAGGCGGUCUUCACCAGCAACACGGACAUCCAGGAGGAGAACAAGAGGAUCGAGGAGGAACGCCUGAAGACGAUGCAGGACAUCAACAGCACCAUCAAGCUCAGGACCUCGCUGGAUUUCGUCGAGAAGCUCAGUCACCGGUUGAAGCAGGAGGAGGAGGUUAUAAUAAAGCAGGAGGCUGAGGAGACGGUGGAGAACGUCGUGGAGAAAUUGCCGGUCGGCGAUCUUCCGGUGUUCGAGAAAUCCGGCAUUCAGACUAGAGAGGCUGAACCGGUGCGUCAGGAAGCGUGCCCGAAGACCGACAAGGUGAAUCCGAUCAACGGGGUCAUCGAAAAGCUGCAGGGUAUCUUGGGGAAGCCGUGCGAAGACGUGGCCUCGCCUCCGAACGACCUCUACGACGAUUCCUCCAUGCCCGCUGUAGAUCCAGAAGAUUCUUCGCCACCAGUAGACGUAUCGCCAAGGGUUGAUGUCCCUAUCCCUAAGUUGGAGUUUAAAACCAGCGAACCCAACUAUCCCCCGCCGUUGAUUCACAUGGACAACGUGGAACAGACUGUCGAGAAGAGCAACAUAAUCAACAGCGAGACGCUGAACAUCGGCUACGUGAAGGUUAUGAAGACAACCUCCACGUACAUCUACGUUUGUUGUCUGCCGCCUUGCAUAUACUCCUCGAGAGACCGUACCGCGUUCGCCAAUCAUUGCCAGUUCAACCACCAAUGGAACGAGAGCAGCCCCAAAUCCACGCACUGUCUGGAAUGCGGGCAGGAAAUCACGGCUGGCGAGGACUUCAACCUUCUUUCGUCGGCGUUGAAUCACGUGGUCAGCGGACACUCCGAUUUCCUCGGUGUGAAGAUAGGCAGCAUAAGGAUAAGCAGCAAUCUGUUCCCGGAGAGUAAGGAGAAGGACGACGACUUCCAAUAUGCUGAAAUCACACCUUUAACCCCGCCUACCAUAAGCAUACCGUCGCCGCAGGGUGAGCAGGAUGGCGAAGAUGUGGACUGCUUGUUGGAGGCGGCGGAGACGGUGACGGAAAACGACGACGGGGAAAACCCCUUCUCGUUUAAGAUAGUGGACGUGGUGUCGCUCGCCGAUGAGAGCAUGCAGCCCUUGAACGUCUCGGAUCAGGAUGCCGAAGGGCAGAUCUUGGAUAAGGAGCCUGAGCCCUGUCAACUCCAGGAUUCUCCUCCAACACCACCACAACCACCAGUCAAUCAGUCAAUGAAUAAAUCGGUCAGUCCGCUGUUAGUCAAAUACAGGUCGAAACAACCGAAAAUCGUGCAGAGAAAGUCCCCAAUGGCCAUGAAGAAAUUCCUGGGCAACCACUUCGACCUCUACAAAUGUCCGGAUUUUUCCUGUCUCUUCACCACCAACAAGAGGAAAAUGUUCGACAUCCACCUGAGGAUGCACCCCAACCACAAGAAACUCAUGAAUUGCCUCUAUUGCGACAAAUUGAUACUGUUCGAAUUCACCGGUGACCAUUACGAGAAGUUCCAUGGCAUGUGUAGGUUUUCUUGCUCGUACUGUUUAUACCGAUGCAUAGCUAAGGAUUAUAUGGACAUACAUCAGUUGUUGGCACACCCGGAUAUGCCCUCAAGGAUGCAGCUGUUGCCCAAACGCGAUUCAGAAGAGAAACAUUCAAUUUCUAUAUUGAGCGAGGCUACGAAAAGCAGCACAAUAGUACCUUAUGCAUGUUGCAACAUGGAGUUCAUACAUCAGAUACCGUUCUUGCAACACGUGACGAUGUGCCCCAACAACCCGAAAUUCGUGUGUUUCUUCAACAAGGACGAGAUCCAAGUGUGCCAGGCGGUUCACGACAACCCCAAGGACCUGGUGACCCACUGGGGCACCUGUCACGGCGUGUACCCCCUGAAGUGCGCCUAUUGCGACGCCGGGGACUUCGAUCUGAACUCGAUGAUGAUCCAUCUGGUGCUGGAACACCCCACGCUACCCCCGGACAUAAUAGACAGAUACAACCCGCCCAGCAUCAAGAGCAAGAAAACGGCCUCCAGCGUUCAGUGCAACUUCAAGCAGCUCGUGAUGGAACUCAAGUCCGCCACUUUGAAAAUCGCCGCCCCCAAGACUGCCAAGAAGGAUUCCCAGCCGACCGAGACCGUAUCCACCCCUACGCCGCCCACCAUGCAGAAGGCAUUCGAACAUUUCGCCCUCCAGACGCAGCAGUCGACCCCCGUGAAGACCAUCACCUAUUCGAAGAUAUCCCCGAUAAACAUAAUACAAAACUCGUCCCCCUCCCUGGCCCUGCUGAAGCCGACGUCCAAGGCCAACGUGAUAAACGGCGGCGGUCUGGUCUAUUGCCUGUCGCCCGCCCCCCAGAACCUCAAGGCCAUCGUGGUGAACAAGGAGGGCGCCAAGACGCCGCAGAAGGUCCAGCUGGUGACGCCCCCCAACGACGGGAAGUUUCAGAUAGUCAGCAAGAUCGUGCCGCUGAAUUCGAACAUGCCCAAACUGGCGCCGUUGACCGGUACGCCCGUGGGUGGUAAGGUCGUGCCGUCGACCGAUAAGGUAGCGAGCGGCGCAGGUCUCAAGAGGAUGGACGCGGUGAAGGGAGACCGGGAGGCUGCGCAGUCGCCGAAGGACGAUAACGCGGCGGGCGACGUUGCCGAAAUGUGCAACUUGGAGGAACCUAUGGUGGUGAUCGACGACGAUUUGGGCGACAAAGACCGACAGGAGGCGGUCGACCCGCUCAGCCUCGAGACCGACGAUCCGCCGAUCGUGCAGCCGUCCAAAUCGCCCCCGCGACCCGGCGCCACCCCCGCGCACGAGUACGACAGCGAUUCGAAGGACGUCGACCACCAGGAGGUGCUGAUGCAGAAGACCGGCCUGGUCGGUUACCAGCUGUUCAGAUGCGCGAAAUGCGACAUGUUCUUCGCCGGCGACUGGCAGUUCAAGGAGCACCUGAUCAAUUCCGUCCAGUGCAGGUUCGAGAACUCGCCGCACAAACCCUACAAGUGCUUCCACUGCGGCAAGUACCUCAAGCACUACACCAAUCUGCUCGACCACCUGGGCUACCACGGCCAUCCCAGGUUCACCUGCUCCCUCUGCAACAAGAAGUUUCCGCACCCCAACCAAGCCAGGUAUCACAUGAAGACCCAGCACAAUGUGCUCAACGUCCAGAUGCAGCCUCUGGUCCAGAACAAGUCGAAUUUGAACAACGACAGUUUCAUAGCCAAACCGCAGGUGGUUGGCGGCGUCAAGCAGAUCAUCAAAGAGACUGCCACCGAGUGCGACGCCCCUAAGUCCACGGAGAUAAAAACCGUCUACUAUUCUUUCGAGGCCGAUCAGAUACCACAAAAAUCGAUACUGGGCUACGAUAUUACUUGCGGACAUUGCAAGAAGUUCAAGAAUAAGGUUCGAUCAAAUAUAGUGCGACACCUCCUGCUCCAUCAGAACGACAAGGACUUCACCGUGCCUGAUACCGCUCCAGUAAAUCCCGUCCCAUGCCUGGAAAAGAACGAGAAGAUGUUCGACAAGAUGUACAACCUGGCCAGUAGCUCCCAUUCGGGCGGAAGAAUGGGUGGCCAGCAGAAGGGGGAGGCGAAAAAAGACAAGGUCGUGGACACCAACCAUCCGGCCUUCGUGCCGUCGAACAAGAGGUACCAGUGCUGCGCAGUGGGCUGCAACUAUCUGUGCCUCGAGGAGGGAAACCUACGGCAUCACCUGACCGCGCUGCACAUGGAAGAUCUGAGUUUCGUGUGCGUGCACUGCAAGCGGGAUCUUUCGGAUGCGGUCGACGUGGACACGAUCAUCAAGCAUCUGAAAUUGCACGAUCUGCACCUGUACAAGUGCAGCGCGUGCGAUUACAUGCACAACCUGAAGCACAAGAUCGAGAGGCACAUCGGGGAGGACCACAAGAAUAAAGAGAGUACAGUGGUGGUUAUCAGGGCCAUGGACGCUGAACCUUACGACGAAAACCAGCAGCAACUCUUCGCCCCGGUUGUUGUAAAUCAGAAGUUGCCGAAGCCUUGGAGGUGCUGCAUGUGCAAAUACAAGGGCCAGACGGAGGACGAGGUGGUGAAUCACGUGACGGUCAAGCAUAACAUCGACUGCAGGUACAAGUGCGCGUUGUGCACCUUCAAGGCCGACGACGUGUCGGAGUUCAAGGGACACUUCAACGCAGAUCACGGGGAUAACGAAGUCGAUAUAAUCUCGGUGUAUCGCAAGGACGAUGAUACCGGCGGCGCAGUCUCGGAGGGCGAGCAGUUCGACACCACUCCCCUGUGGCUGAGGGAUAAGCCCAGGGUGCGACACAUCAGAGGUAUACUGUUCGAGGAGGACCCCAGCGUCAGGAAGAAAUCGGCCGCUGUCAAGUCGGCGGUUGCCGCCGAACAGGCCGCCAAGGAUUCGACUAGUACCGCAACGUCCAAGAAGAGGAAACGAAGCAUGAGCACUGUCAGCGAGCUAAAUAAGUUGGAGGACGAUGAGACGGAGCCGAAGAAGGAGGUCUUGGAGCCGGUCGUCGGAAUCGGUUUCGGGGAUGAUAAUGAUGUUAUCGUUAUAGAGGAUGACGAUAAGGAAGAACCACUUGAGAACGAAGACAAACCGGUGGAAUCUGUCGAUAACGAGGAGAGCACCGACGUGGACCUCAUCUGCACCUUCGGCGAUUUCGGCAUGCCGCUGAAUAAACACUUCAAGUGUCCCAAAUGCGAAAAGUACCGAACUACGAAAAUGAGGGAUUUCAUCCAGCAUGUAGCUGGCGAACUCAGAUAUCACAGGUUUCUAUGCACGCUGUGCGACGAUAAGUUCAUCACUCUGGAAAACAUACAGAUGCACUGCAUCGACUAUCACGAUUGCUCCGUGAAGAGCGUGGUUCACCUCCCGAAGGACGGGGCGAUCAACAAAUGGCUGACGCUCCUAUUGACCGAACAAAGGAACAUAAUAAAAGGCUUGGGUUUCGCCUGCGACGAGAUCCCAGAAGACGUCGAGGACUUCCUCGGAAGCCUGGAGAUCACCUCCACCAAGACGAUCAAGUGCAAGGAGUGCGGGUUCUCGGUGUCCGGACCCACCGCCCUGGACCGGCACAUGAAGUACAACCAUCCCCACAUAGCGUUCGCGCGCGCCCCCAACCCGCCAAGGCCGCGGUCGGCCAGCGUCUCGGCGGACAAGAAGAGGCGCGCCGAGGCAGCGGCCGCAGCCGGCGACGCGAAGAAAAUGAAGAUGACGCCCAAGGCGAGCAUGCUGGGCAAGGACAAGUACGUGUGCAAGGGCUGCGGCGCGGAGUUCGAUUCGGUGCCCGAGAUGGAGUACCACGCCAAGGACAAGCACGACGACGAUGUCGGCUACAUGGUCAAGACGACCGACAUACCGAUCACCUGCUCCUGGUCGCCGAGGAACAUCCUCAGGUGUCGUUACUGCCCGAGCACGGGCACCAGGGCGAACCUGGAGAACCACAUAGCGACCGACCACCCAGGUCAGAAGCUGGACCUGUAUCGCUUCUCUUGCGGCGUAUGUUUGGCCAAGUUCGAGAUGCUCAAGUCCUUCCGGCAACACUUCAAGAGCCACGAGCUGCCCAAUAUGUUUUAUUACGACGUCUACGACAGGAGGGUGGAUUUAGGUGCUGUUACGUUGCCCGCUGCCCCCAAACAAAAGAUGUACAAAUGCCCCGUUUGUCCGUACGUCAGUAAAAGCGUAAACUACGCAAAUCUCAAACAUCACCUGAAGACCCACGCCAAACCGCUCCAGUGCGAGCUGUGCAAGUUGCAGUUCAGGACCAAGCAGGACGCGAAGUCCCACCACUCGAAGGAGCAUCCUCACAAUCCCGAGAGCAUAGUCACGAGGCAGGACAUGAUCCAGAAGAUACAGCAGAUGAUGGAGGAGGUGAUGAGGACCGUGAAAGAAUGCGACAAGGCUCCAACUGACGAAUCGUUGGAAGAGGACGUCCCUACCUUGUCCCUACAGCCCGAAGUCAUACUCCAGACUGGAGAGGAGGACGUCGUUGAUGUAGAAUCGCUGGAUCAGAUCGGUUGCGAUCAGUCGUCUACGGUCGAAGGUAAGAGGUACUUUGCGAGGAAGUCGACCGGUUCGAACAGGACGAAACAGGACGAGAGCAAGGAAUAUUACAGUUUCUACGGGCAGAAAUCCGAGCCCGUAGAUAUGAGGAAGAUAAUCACGAACUUCGAGGUGGCAGACGCUCAGAUGAAGAUGUCCUGCGAUCAGCUGGGAAGGAUAUACAACUUGAAUCCUGUAAUACGAUUGAAGGACUGCAUGACCUUGAUAAUAGACGACGACGAUGAAGUGUCUUCUUGAUGCAGGGAAUUCUCGGAUAUCGACGAUGAAUCUCUGAUAUUCGACAAUGCCUGCAUAGAGGAGUUCCUGCUCAAGGAUGUGGACAGUUUCGACAUUUUUGGGUCUGAGGAUAACGAGGAGACUGAAAACUGUAUAGAUGAUCCUCACACCGAGGAUUAAAGGAGAUUGCAAGGCAAUGGUGAAAUGUACAUAGGAAAAAUGGUAUACUUUCUGUGAAAGGGACUGAUGAUGAUUAGAGGUUACUUAGGACGAAAAUGUGAUAACGAGGCCAAUUUUUGUUUAUUAUCGGUUUGUAUAUAAGAGGUCCCGAUAUUGUACAUAAAAAACCCAGUUUUUUUUCGGUAGUUGAUAAGGCUAUUAAUUAUAUUGUACUGAUUCUCUUAUAUUUUUCUGUAAAAUUAAAGAAAACUGAUUUAAGAAACGUUUUUUCAUA